AUGCGUGCAUUUAAUUCCGCGUCAAAAGCGCUUACGCGCUUGUUCUCGUGUCGGGAUUUAUACCGACGACGGAUAAUAAAGUGUACAGAUUACAAUCAGAUUCGGUGCUUGAGUCCAAUUGGAGGGUCAAGUGCAUUUUCUUCAGCCAAUAAAGCAGCAGUAGCUGGUUCCUGGAAUUUUAGUUUAGGGGAUUCGGGAAUUUUAUCGAAUAAUCAUAAUGUUAUUGUCCAGAAAAGGGGAUUUUUGGGGUGUGGUGAUGGCGAAGAGGGGAAUAUGUUAGCUAAAGUUUACGAAGAGAGACGUGUCAUGGGAUACUCCCCAGAGCAAUUAUUUGCUGUGGUUGCUGCUGUAGACUUAUAUGAGGAUUUCCUUCCUUGGUGUCAGCGAUCGGAGAUAAUUCGACGCUAUCCCGAUGGAUCAUUUGAUGCAGAGCUAGAAAUUGGUUUUAAAUUUCUUAUUGAAAGUUAUACAACUUCCUCCCAAAGCAGUCUUUUUGAUCAUUUAAUUAACAUCUGGGAAUUUAAUGAGGGGCCUGCUCCAGGAACCUGCAACCUUCAUUUCUUGGUGGACUUUAAGUUUCAGUCACCAUUUUAUCGACAGAUGGCAAAUAUGUUCUUCAAGGAAGUGGCCUCUCGAUUAGUUGGUUCAUUCCAUGAACGAUGUCAAUUGGUGUAUGGUCCUGGAGUCCCAGUUCUUGAAAAUACUUAUGAACAGAGACCGUGA